AAAUGUCAGAACGGGGAGGGGAAAGAGGCAGAGCGAAGAAGCCUAUUGGCGGCGAUUCGGAGCGGGGCGACCAAUGGCGAUCGGCAAAAGAAUUGGGCGCCUUCCUUUGAGCGCGGCUGAGGCGCGUCUUCGCCUUCCCUUCGCCGCCAUUGCCGAGUCUCCCCUCAGCGCUGCCGGUCAUGUUCCUGACAGACUUCCGUAAGGAGUUUUACGAGGUGGUCGUGAACCAGAGAGUGCUGCUGCUUGUUGCGUCAGAUGUAGAUGCCUUAUGCGCAUGUAAAAUACUUCAGGCUUUAUUUCACUGCGAUCAUGUGCAAUAUACACUAGUCCCAGUCUCUGGAUGGCAAGAGCUGGAAACGGCAUUUCUUGAACAUAAAGAUCAGUUCCAGUAUUUUGUUCUAAUAAACUGCGGUGUGAACAUUGAUCUCCUGGAUGUUCUGCAACCCGAGGAAGAUACUGUUUUCUUUGUCUGUGACACACACAGGCCUAUCAAUGUCGUGAAUGUUUACAAUGAGACACAGGUAAAACUCCUGGUUAAACAAGACGAUGACCUCGAAGUUCCUGCUUAUGACGAUAUCUUCAGAGAUGAUGAUGACGACGAAGAGGAAGGAGAAGAUUCUGGGAAUGAAAGUACUGGAUCAGAGCCUUCAGGAAAGCGAAGGAGAUUUGAAGAGGAAAUAGUGGAAAAGACAAUGAAAAGGCGGCAGAGGAGAGAAUGGGAGGCACGCAGGCAAGAAAUUCUUUUUGACUAUGAGCAAUAUGAAUAUCAUGGGACAUCGUCAGCCAUGAUGAUGUUCGAUUUGGCCUGGGUAAUGUCCAAAGACUUGAAUGAUAUGCUGUGGUGGGCCAUUGUUGGGCUAACAGAUCAGUGGGUUCAAGACAAGAUCACUCAAAUGAAAUACGUAACAGACAUUGGAACCCUGCAGCGUCAUGUGUCCCGGCAUAACCAUCGCAACGGAGAUGAAGAGAACGCUCUUUCUAUUGAUUGCAUGAGGAUAGCAUUUGAAUAUGACUUGUGCCUUGCCCUCUACCAACACUGGUCAUUAUAUGAAAGUCUUUGCAAUACCUGCUACACUUCGGCGAGCUUCAAGCUUUGGUCUGUCCAAGGCCAGAAAAGACUGCAGGAAUUCCUUGCUGAUAUGGGAUUACCUCUGAAGCAAGUAAAACAGAAGUACAAUUCCAUGGACAUUUCCUUGAAAGAGAACCUGCGGGAGAUGAUUGAAGAAUCUGCAAAUAAAUUUGGGAUGAAGGAUUUAAGAGUACAAACCUUUAGCAUCCAUUUUGGCUUUAAGAACAAAUUUUUAGCCAGCGAUGUCGUGUACGCGGCAGCUUCCUUAAUGGAAAAUGUAGAGAAAGAUGAAAGUGGAACGGAUAAUUUCAUCAAGGCUUUGGACAGUCUUUCCAGGAGUAACCUGGACAAGUUACAUCAAGGACUGGAACUGGCAAAAAAGCAACUGUGUGCCAUUCAGCAGACUGUAGCCAGCUGCAUCUGUACCAAUCUGAUAAUCAACCAGGGACCAUUUCUUUACUGCUACCUCAUGGAGGGCACACCAGAUGUAAAAUUGUUCUCCAGACCGGUAUCAUUACGUCUGCUCAGUAAACACUUACUCAGAUCCUUUGUUUGUUCUACCAAAAACAAGCGCUGUAAGCUGUUGCCGAUGGUGAUGGCAGCGCCUAUGGAUAUUCAGCAAGGGACGGUGAUCAUGGCGGGGAUUCCACCUCACACAGAAAGCUCAGACAAAAAGAAUUUUUUUGGAAGAGCCUUUGAAAAAGCAGCAGAGAACACGAAUUCUCGGACCUUGCACAACCAUUUUGAAAUGUCCAUAAUUGAAUUGAAAAUGGAAGACAGGAGUAAAUUCUUGGAUGCACUUAUUUCUCUUCUGUCCUAACGGUACGGUGGCGCUGAAGAUUAUUCUUUUUUUAAAAUCGCGAACAUUUUUCAAAGCUGAUAGGUUUUAAUGUGAUAUUGGUCAUGCUUUACUUUUAAAAAGUCCCCUCCUCCCUCCACCUCCCUCCCCCCCACUCCCCUAGAAAGGUCUUGAUACCUUUCCAUUUGUUUUACUUUGUAUGUAUGAAAUAUGUAAAUCCUGGUAUUUUAUGUCUGUCUUAAUUUUAUAUUGAUUGUAUAUAAAACUAUUUUGGAACAAUGGAAUUUUAGCUGUAGCCAGGCCAAGUAUUGCAACGGGAAACUGUAAUCGAAUAAACGUUUUAUUUCA